AUGCAGCGCUGCAGCGCUGAGCAGGCCCGCGACCUGAGUGCUGCAUGGCGCCAAGAGUAUCGAGGCCCCGCUCUAGAGAACUUUCUGCAAGCCAUGCAGUGGUACGAAGCCAACUACGACAGCUCGAUUCAUCAUGGUCGCACUAUCGCCAUUCUUCAGUCGAGUGGUUGUGGUAAAUCACGUCUGGUUGACGAGCUUGCAUCGAAGGUGCGGUCAUCCGGUGCUCAAUGUCUGCUUUCGUGCGGUUGGCCUCCUGGAGACACAAUGGCAUUGAAGUUCUUUGAAGAUCACUCCGCCAUCCCUAUUGACCCGCCGCCAAUACGAUCAGGGCGAGCGAUUUCUCGAGAUCUAUCACUUGGAGAGGAGAUUGCCGCCGCAUUUCUUGGGGCGCUGAUUGGAGAAAUGGCCGAUGACUUCAAUAUUUCACGACUCAAAGGCAAGCGAUCUGGGCUAGGUAUCGGCCCUCCCGGCAGCCGCAGAGCAGCCAAUCGAGAGCGGUUCUUCCAGGCAGUCUAUGACCGAGCAAAUGCGAUGCUCCGAGUCAACGAGACAUUCCUCACCCAGGAGCGCGAUUGGGUCAGUAUGUUCAUUCCGCCUUCACGCUGGCACAAAAUGGGCUUCAAUUACAAGGUGUCCAGCGAUGUACCGAAGGACAGAAGCGUCGAGUGGCAUCAGGCACUGUUCGAGAGGUUCUGUCGGCCAGCGUCCAAUCAUCUAAGCAACCAGCUAGCCUCCCUGGGAGAGCGCAAGUUCUUCCUCGCGUUGGACGAGUGCACCGCCCUUGGAUCGGCUGGGAAUUCCAGAGGGGCUCCGAGUCCUCUUCCUCGCAGCUCGCUGGUCGCAUUUCAGCGAAUUCUGAAGGCUGCCGAGAUUUUGGAGUGGCCGGUCUGCUUCUGGUUCCUCCUUCUCGACACAAACCCCUCUGUGAUUAUGCCGCAUCCAUCUAGUGACGUCUCUUUCUCUCGCCGUGCAUCGGAUCUCAAGCCUCUUCCUCCUUUCGUCUACCUGGGCUUCAACCAGCUCAUCGAUCGCAUGACAAGGGAGAAGGCCGCCGACUCGUUGGUUCUCGGCAACUUGAAGUAUUCUGGCCGUCCGUUGUGGGCAACAAUGCCGGCAUACGUCGCGCUGGCCUGUGCGAAGCAAAAGCUCUUCGCGUCGCAGCAAUUUGUCGCCAGCACGCCACUGCAAGUGCUGGCGGCUUUCGCUUCCCGAGCUUGCCUCGAGCUUAGCGGAAACGAGGCCGCGAAUCGUAUGGCCGCCCGCGCCGUCAGCCAUCACAUGCGCAUACUCGUCUCAGUCGUCAAAGACACCCUGAUCACAGCGGUCCCCGCUGAGCCUAUACUUGCCAUCGCAUUCGCCGAUGCCCUUAACCGGUCGGAGGAUACCUACGGUGACGCCCUCGAGACUCUGAUGCACCAGUUGGAACACCAGACCCUCGCACUGGGAGACACAGGAGAGCUCUGCAGCCGUCUCCUUCUGCUUCUUGCUCGUGACCGAGCCACUCUCCGAGUUCACAAGCGAUUUGUCAGUGACGAUAUGUCGAGGAUGCAGAUCUUCGCCCUCGAGCUUCACGAGCUACUGGGAGAGCUACUCGGCGAAAACUUUGGGUUCGAGGAGCAAAAGGAGCUGGCGAAGCGGCUUCUUGCGUUCUGCAAGGGCAAGUGGGUCAACUUUUACCAGUUCGUCAAGUUCGAGAAGGACGUCACGGAGCUCGAUGCAGAGGACCUCGAGCACGCCUGGUUCAUCGGUGCUGCCAUCCAAUGCCGUCGCAAUCAGGCCGUCAUCGACGGCGGGAUUGUCGCCUAUGCUGGCUCCCUCUACGAGCCGUUCGAGCGCCGCAACCUGAUCUUCAUCCCGUACCAAAUCAAAGGAAAGACAGCGAGAACUGAAAGCAAGGUCGGUCUUGGUCUGACCGCCCCGCCGAUUAUUCACCCAAAACACGACGGCUCCGGGAUCGAACGCGUCAAACCUCAGACGAUCGUCCUCCUCAUGGAUCUCAAGUCCAGUUCAGCGUUCGAAGAGACGGGGCGGAUGACGCGGCGGGAGUUGCGUGCGGCCGAGCGAGCUACGCGAUGGGCGGGGUACGCGGAUCCCGCGAUGGGCGAGGAGGAGCCUCAGAACUUCUUCCUUAACAUCCGGGGGUGCUCGUCGACGGUGUAUCCCGUGCUAGAGCCAUUUGCCCACACGUUCCAGUCAAUUCUCAGCCAUGACCCCGACAGUCAACUUCCAGCACCGCUGAAGGCCAUGGAAAUCGCGACAGUGGAGGCGAUGUUCCCGUUGACAAGGAUGUAACACGCUGACAACACCGCUGCAAGGAAGGGCACGGAAGAAGUUCAUUAGUCGCAAAGGAACUUCUGGAGCAACCUGGGGUCGGGAAGAAAGCUGAAAGAAUCCCCGCGUACUAGUAACGUCCGAACGUAAGAACUUGUUCGGUCAUAGAAUACAACUCAGUCCUAUGUAUUGAGACGAAUACAUUAUGAUAGUAACAAUCUGAUAAUAGCCGAAG